CACACACAGAACUGUCUCGGCAUGGAGAAGGACAUUCGGAAGUUCUUUGGAGUUAUACCAAGUGGAAAGAAACUUGUAAGUGAAACCAUAAAGAAGAAUGAGAAAACAAAAUCCACAGAAGAAAGUUUAAAAGUAAAGAAAGGAAUAAAGGAAAUUAAGGUAAAUAGUUCUUAUAAAGAUGAUGACUCCAAACAGAAGCAACCAAACAAGAGAAAAAGGAUCAUCUAUGACUCAGAUUCAGAAUCAGAGGAGGCAGGGCCUGUAAAAAAUACUAAGAAACAACCAGAAAAAUCGACAUUACCUUCUAGACCUGGUAAAAUUUUACGGCAGGAUCCUGUUACAUACAUUUCAGAAACAGAUGAAGAAGAUGACUUUAUACGUAAGAAGGCAGCCUCUAAAGCAAAAGAAAAUGGAAGAUCUACGAAUAGUUAUCUUGGAGCAUCCAACAUGAAGAAGAACGAAGAAAACACUAAGAUGAAGAAUAAGCCUUUAUCACCAAUAAAGCUUACACCCACGUCAGUGCUUGAUUAUUUUGGAACUGGAAGCAUCCAGAGAUCAAAUAAGAAGAUGGUGGCAAGCAAAAGGAAAGAGCCUUCACAAAAUACGAAUGAGUCCAGAUUAAACGAUGAAGCCAUCGCCAAGCAAUUACAACUUGAUGAAGAUGCGGAGCUGGAGAGGCAGUUGCAUGAAGAUGAAGAGUUUGCCAGGACGUUAGCCAUGCUGGAUGAGGAGCCGAAGAGCAAGAAGACUCAAAAGGACACAGAAGAGGGAGAAACGUUUUCAUCUGUCCAAGCCAACUUAAGUAAAGCAGAAAAACAUAAAUAUCCUCACAAAGUAAAAACAGAACAAUUUCCUGAUGAAAGAAAAAGCUACAGUCCUAGGAAGCAAGCCAGAUGUGAAAGUUCAAAAGAAUCUCAGCAACAUUCUAGGGCAUCGGCUCACAAAAUAGGAGAAUCCUCUUCUCCCAAGCCCAGUUCUAAACUGGCACUUCUGAAAAAAAAAGAAGCAAGCUCUUACAGAACAACAGAGCGUGUGGCUACACCAAGGAAAGAAAAUGCCUUUGAAUUGAAAGAGACAAAAACUCCUAAGAAAACUAAAAGUUCUCCAGUUAAAAAAGAGUCUGUAAGUCCAGAAGAAUCUGAAAAGAAACGCAGUAAUUAUCAAGCUUAUCGAAGCUACUUAAAUCGCGAAGGCCCCAAAGCUCUAGGCUCCAAAGAAAUACCCAAGGGAGCUGAAAAUUGCUUGGAAGGCCUUACAUUUGUCAUCACAGGAGUGCUGGAGUCCAUUGAACGGGACGAGGCCAAGUCUCUAAUUGAGCGCUAUGGGGGCAAAGUCACAGGAAAUGUCAGCAAGAAGACGAACUACCUGGUCAUGGGUCGUGACAGCGGGCAGUCCAAGAGCGAUAAGGCUGCAGCCUUGGGGACAAAAAUUAUUGAUGAAGAUGGCCUGUUGGAUCUGAUCCGGACGAUGCCAGGCAAGAAGUCCAAGUAUGAGAUAGCAGCUGAAGCCGAGAUGAAGAAGGAAAAGUCCAAAUUGGAGCGGACACCUCAGAAAAAAGACCAAGGAAAGAGAAAAAUUAGUCCAACUAAGAAUGAAUCAGCGUCUAAAAAGAUGAAGGUGACUCCCAAAAAGGACAGCCCUGUCAAGUCAAAGAAGGAAACAAGUGUGUUUCGGAGAGGCCUGGACUUCAGGGAGCAGGUGGCCCAGGGGACACCUGUAGACAGCAAGGCUGGGGACCUGGCUGACGACAGCAGCGAUAGCCAAGGGGAGAGCUUGCUUUGGGUGGACAAGUACAAGCCCACCUCGCUCAAGACCAUAAUCGGGCAGCAGGGCGACCAGAGCUGUGCCAACAAACUCCUGCGCUGGCUCCGGAACUGGCACGAGAGUCCGUCUGCAGAUAAAAAGCACGCAGCAAGGUUUGGGAAAUUCGCCGGCAAAGACGAUGGCUCUAGUUUUAAAGCAGCGUUGCUCUCGGGCCCUCCGGGUGUCGGCAAAACCACCACAGCGUCUCUGGUGUGUCAGGAAUUGGGAUAUAGCUACGUGGAACUGAAUGCAAGUGACACUCGCAGUAAGAACAGUUUGAAGUCGAUUGUUGCCGAAUCAUUAAACAACACCAGCAUCGAAGGCUUCUGUUCAAGCGGAGCCGUCCCCUCCGUGAGCUCGAAGCACGCCCUCAUCAUGGAUGAAGUGGAUGGCAUGGCCGGCAACGAGGACAGGGGAGGCAUCCAGGAAUUAAUUGGCUUGAUAAAACAUACUAAGAUUCCCAUUAUUUGUAUGUGCAAUGAUAGAAAUCAUCCCAAGAUUCGUUCUUUGGUUCAUUACUGUUUUGAUCUUCGUUUUCAAAGACCUCGGCUUGAACAGAUUAAGGGUGCUAUGAUGUCUAUUGCAUUUAAGGAGGGCUUAAAGAUCCCCCCUCCAGCUAUGAAUGAAAUAAUUUUGGGAGCGAAUCAAGAUAUCAGACAGGUUUUGCACAAUCUGAGUAUGUGGUGUGCACGAAGUAAGGCACUAAGCUAUGACCAGGCCAAGGCGGAUUCGCACAGGGCCAAAAAGGACAUCAAACUGGGCCCAUUUGAUGUUGCUCGGAAAGUGUUUGCAGCUGGAGAGGAGACUGCUCAUAUGUCUCUUGUGGACAAGUCAGACCUCUUUUUUCACGAUUAUUCCAUAGCACCCCUCUUUGUCCAGGAGAACUACAUCCAUGUGAAGCCUGUAGCUGCAGGAGGUGACAUGAAAAAGCACUUGAUGCUCUUAAGCCGAGCAGCAGAUAGCAUAUGUGAUGGCGACCUGGUGGAUAGUCAGAUCCGGAGUAAGCAAAACUGGAGUCUCCUGCCCACACAGGCCAUUUAUGCUAGCGUUCUUCCCGGAGAGUUGAUGAGGGGGUACAUGACUCAGUUUCCCGCCUUCCCAAGCUGGCUGGGGAAGCACUCGUCCACGGGCAGACACGACCGCAUCGUUCAGGACCUGGCGCUGCAUAUGAGUCUCAGAACUCACUCCAGCAAGAGGACGGUGAACAUGGACUACCUGUCCCACGUGCGGGAUGCACUGGUCCAGCCCUUGGCCUCGCAGGGGGCGGAAGGCGUGCAGGACGUCGUCGCGCUGAUGGACACGUACUAUCUGAUGAAGGAGGACUUCGAGAACAUUAUGGAAGUCAGCAGCUGGGGCGGCAGGCCCAGUCCCUUUUCCAGGCUGGAUCCCAAGGUGAAAGCAGCCUUCACUAGAGCUUACAAUAAGGAAGCCCACCUCGCCCCGUACUCACUCCAGGCCAUGAAGACUUCUAGACACAGCCCAGGCCUUGCACUGGAUUCCGAGUACAGCGAAGAGGUACAUGAAGAGGACCCCCAAUCUGACGAGAAGGACCAAGAUGGGAUAGACACUGAUGCUAUGAUCAAGAAAAAGACAAAAUCUUCAAAGCCUGCAAAACCAGAAAAAGAUAAGGAGUCCAAAAAAGGAAAAGGAAAAAGUUCGAAGAAAUGAAACUGCUUUUCACUACCGACAGCUACUUUUUACUCACCAUGCCGACCAGUCGAGCUGGUCUAGGGAAAGCCUGUUUUUCCAGGGGAACCAGUUUUAGCGUAAUGGGAUGACCUGGUGGUCCCAUUAUAAACAAGCCAGUACAGCUAGAAGCGUAGAACCAGUAAGCUCAUGUACACCUCUUAUAGAGGUCCAUAGGACUGCUCGGGUCCUCCACUGUCCCCUGUCAAUCUAAUGAGAUUGUCGUGCGUCACGUGACCAGAAACUCUGUGUGGGCUUCGGAGUCACGUUCGUUAACAGUGAGCCCGGGAGCAGUGGCACUGAGGCGUCAUUUGUAGGCUUAAGGAUUGACCCUAAUGGCCUUUAUAGGACCAAUUUUUUUUAAAAGGUAGUUCCUAUUAUAGGGUGAAAUUUUGUAAAUAAAUCAUAAUACAAAAAAGUCACCACCUCAAACUGGGUAUUCUUGUACACUGCCCAAUAUCUGUCUAAAUCAGGAACCAGAAGGCUACAUUGAUACCUGUACAAAUUUUUCUUAAGGUUCUCAUCUUGUACAGCGAAAUAUGAUAUUGGUAUGUUACUUUUGUUAUGGAUUUGCAGCUGAUUGGGUAAGAAAGCUUCCUGUGUUCUCUACUCACCGGGUGUGUGAAGCAUAACUUUGACAGUCGCAGAGCCAACGUCACGCCCCGUGAGUGCCGACCACAGACCGCAUCUCUGUUGGGACAGCGUUUCAGGAGGGUGGGGGGAAGAGCUGCCAGGCAACUUAGCCUUCUGGAGUUUCAGCCCAUCCGGUUCAAACCAGUAGGGACGAGGCUGGGUCCGAGUCUAGGCUCUUUGUAGUGUGGGACAAAGGGGACACUCGCUUUUGUUUACCUUGGCCCUGGGAGACCAGGUCUCUCCUGUGGUGAGUUCCACAAAGCCUCCUGAAACUUCAGCUUCUCCUCUGACUGGACAGGUGGAGUGGCUGCGAGGUGUGGGUCUCGCCUGGAAUGUAGGCGUCUAGCUCAUGUUUAAUCUUGUCAGUGAGUGCUCAGAGGUACGUGCUACCUCUGUGAGGUAUACGCUAAAAGGAAUGUAAAAUAAGGGUCGAAUUCUUUACCAUGAAGGAGCUGAGGGACCGACAGUCUUGUCUGCGAGAUGAGAUAGAAAGUUCUCGAGACAUUUCAAGUGCAUUUACUAGCGUGAAGAAUAUCUUUCACGGUGAUUAGUUUGUUACGGAAAUAAACACUGCUUGAAGCCUUUCCUACA